UGUGGGAUGAAAUAAGAUGCCGGGACACGGAAGCCGGCGAAAACCCUGGCGCCACACGAGGAGGCUGCGCUCCAGCCAAUGGGAAGCGAGCUUCAGGAAAAGGGGCGGGGAGAUGCUGAAACAGCAGAGCCAGCGUACAUACAUACAUACUUAUUGUGUAAAUCUUUAAAAAGCAAUUAGCCACAGCAAAACAAUUUAAACCGUCGACACUUUCUGGAGGCUACAUUAAUUUUACUUUGACAAGAAGUGAUUUCCGGCUGAGAGCGAAAAGCAGACAUCCUCAACAAUGACUGACAGGAAGGCGGUGAUCAAGAACGCUGACAUGUCCGAGGAGAUGCAGCAGGACGCCGUGGACUGUGCCACACAGGCCAUGGAGAAAUACAACAUAGAGAAGGACAUUGCUGCCUACAUUAAGAAGGAGUUUGAUAAGAAGUACAACCCGACCUGGCACUGCAUCGUCGGGAGAAACUUCGGCAGCUACGUCACCCACGAGACAAAGCAUUUUAUUUACUUCUACUUGGGCCAAGUAGCCAUUUUGCUCUUUAAGUCCGGCUGAGGAGUUUUUGAUGGGUAUCAAAGGGGGUCUCUGGCUCCCCCCCGAGCCUCAUUGAAAAUGCACUGGUGGCUGAUGUCUCCCAUACACUAAUAACAUACCAUAAUGAUGCAAAAUCCGCCGUGCGCAGUUGCAUGGACUAUACAAUAUUAAAUAUGUAUGUUAUAGUAAGUUUACUUUUCAAAUAGUUGCCGUUUGACUGCAACUUUGAUCGUUUCUGUUGAUGCUGUUAAACUCUAGUUUGUAAAAGAAUUUGGUGUGGCCCCUUGAUUGUAAAAUAAAGAAAAGGAAUGUGAUGAUGCAUCUGCUUUACUUCAUACGUGGUAUUGCCAGAUAGUGUUUUGGUUUAUUAAAGUAGUAAAGCGCAUUAGUUCCCUUUAAAGAUUAAAAAAAAAAAGUUAAUGGAGCAAAAAAUAUAUUUUUGUUGUGUUACUCUUUAAAGUUAUUGCAUCAUUAGAUUUGCACACCUUUUUAAAAAGGAAAAAAAAAAAGAUUUUCAUUUGAUUCUUGAUUAAAAAUCUCACAGUUGGAGGUUUUGAACUUCAGAGAAGAUGUGGAAAACAAUAGACACUCAACAGUUUGGGGAAAAGAAGCACAAGCCGGUGCAAAUCAGUAGUUUGUUGACUCAAAUAUUCACUGUGAAGGACAAUAGAGCAGUUGAGGCUCAUGUACUCAGACCUGGUCUGUCACGUCUGCGCUGGAACCCUACAGACUGAACUCACCUGCCUAAUUUCCAGUUAUCCUGUGUUACUGCAUGUUUUAGGAUGCUUACUGGCAUUUGUGAAGUAAAUGUUGGAAAGGUGAAUAAUUUUCCUUUUUAUCAUCUUUUUUUUUUGUUGUUGUUUAUGGAGCAACUGUAUAUCUUGUAACAGUGAUUGCUGUGAGGCAGUGUUAAAAACUACAUUCGCUGUUAAGAUUAACAAAAACCUGCAUUGCCUUUUGUGUUUUGGGUUGUUUAUGAUAAAUUUAGUUGACGUUUCAGCGCCUUUUCUGUGUAGAUUUAGUUGCCCAUGCAGUGCCAGACAUUCUGAAAAUGCUAUUUACCGUCUGGAUUUGUGAAAACUCUUGCUUGUCUAAGCUUUUAAAUAAUUGAUUUGGAAAGGCAGUGCCCUCCCUCAGUUUCUAAUGAAAUGUGCUUAGUUGUUCAAGUAAGAUGGUUUGGAUCUGUGUGGCUGGGAAAAAAAAAAGCCACGCAUUUCCGACUGUCUUCAUAUUUUAGUUCCAUUAUUUUUCAUUUUUGUCAAUCAUGGGUAAAAUGUUUUGUCAAGAGAGCGUGGACUGACUUUGCUCUUGAGGGACGUCUUCCUUCUAGCUGUCUGUGAUUCUCUCUUUUUCUUUUUUUUUUUUCUGUCGCAGCGUUUUCCUUUGGCAUGUACUUUUGCUGCGUAUGUCUAGGACCCGUUCCAAUGCUGUUCAAUUUGCACAAAACGUGUGCCUGUUAUUGCUCUCAAUUGUAACCGGCUUAAAUCCAAUUGCACUCCAUUCAGUAGGUUGCUACAGAACCAAAACAUCUAUAUGCUCAAUAAAACAAAACUACAUUGGUAACUUA